AUGAAGAAAAGAGAUAUUUUGGAAAGAUUUCAGUCACACCCUAAGUUCUCAGCAAUGGAGUGUCUUUUGGGGGAGAAGAAGAAGACGUUGGGUUACAGAAAUAAGCUUAAUGAAGAUGGAAAGGUUGUGAGAAACAAAGCCAAAUUAGUAGCCCAAGGCUACUCACAGCAAGAAGGAGUCGACUACGAUGAAACCUUUGCACCAGUAACUCGACUAGAGUCUAUACGGAUUCUUCUUGCAUAUGCAUCCUUCAAACGAUUUAGACUUUUCCAUAUGGAUGUCAAAAGUACUUUUUUAAAUGGAUUUAUUGAUGAGGAGCUGGAAGGUUUUUCAGAUGCUGAUCUUGCAGGUGAUAAGGAAUACAGAAAAAGCACCAGCGGAACAUUUCAAUUACUGGGAAAGGCAUUAAUAUCAUGGAAUGGUGAUCCUGAUCUUGUAGAAAAACUGACUGCAAUUGACAACAAGUUAACAAUCAUCAACAACCUUUUUGUUGCAACUCAAUCUACUAUUGGGGACAUCCAUGCAAUCUCCAAAGAGAUUGGGUCCGAUGUUUCAAAGAUGAGGGUCAAAAUUCUCAAACAUGUAGAAAACGCAUUCAAAGCCUUCAAGGAAGUACAUAACAAGAUUGAUGGGGUGAUAGUUUUAGCUAAUGCCAUCUUUGAGCAUCUGAAGGAGGCGAUUGGGAACACUCUUACUUAUUUCUUGCAUCGCUAG